AUCCUCACAGGCAUCGCUGUCUCUUACGCGCGCUGCACAAUGCUCUGGUGAGCCGCUCGUUUUUAUCCAGGGCAUGAACCAUUCCCCCCCCCCUGCCAGCAACUAGGAUUGUGGUGCGAAUCCGAGUCUCCAGUGAGUGCCCGUAUGCGAAGGGCCCUGGGAAUCCCACCGUCUCCCUCUACAGGACCAACAACUGGACCAACAUAAGGAGAACUGUGAGCUAUUUCAAAGAACUACUACUCGGCAGUUGAUUCUGCUUGAACGCUUUCAUACAGUUCCCCCGGUUCUCAGUUCCACAUACGAUGUCCAACCCCGCGCAGCCCUUCGAGUCUUCCCGACGAACAAGCACCAUCGGGCGCCAGCCAGAAGAGCUUCAUAUUCCAUCGUCAUCAGGUAUGGCGAAUGCAAAUUUCAACCGGCAGUCAAUGGUCCUCGAUUUCCACCCGCCCCCCGAUCCGGCUUCCAACAACCACGUGCCUUCGAUCAAUGUCCACCAACCCUCGAAUGCUCAGUAUGGCGGAGCGAACACCGGCAGCGCUGGCACUGCCCCAGUACCGGGAGCGCUCCAGCCAGGGAAUAUGAACCGACCUCCAGCAAUGUCAAUGAACACAGCGCCGUCCGUACUACCCACGUUACCCCAGUUGUCGACGCAGUUCCCGCCGCAGCAACAACAACAGCAGCAGCAGCAGCAACCUACCACCCCUCGCUCGAGCAUCAGCAUGUCGAACCCCCAUAGCUAUUCCAGGUCCAGCCCGUCGAAUUUCGACCAAUCUAGAUACAGGCAGCAUGCGACAUCAGACCCGUCCAAAUACGCAUCGCCUCCGGGACCCGGGUACCCACCGCAGACGCCGCAGGGACCGAAAUACUCCCCUCUGGGGCUAGCUGACAUUCGACCUCCACCAGAGCUAUUCGGGGACCAUAUUACAAGCCCAGGCGGGAACCAAUUCAAUGGAGGAGACGCUCAGGUGCCAACAAACAGCAACUAUAUAGCACCCUGGCCUAUCUACGCGGUGGAUUGGUGUAAAUGGCCGCUCUCCGGCUCAAACUAUUUUGGGGGCAAGAUUGCACUGGGAAGCUAUCUGGAAGACAACCACAAUUAUAUACAAAUUGUCGACACGCACUGGACACAGCCAGACCCAGAUACACCCGAUGCCCUAAAUGGGGAAAUCAAACUGGAGUAUACGAAGACGGCAGAAGCUAUGCAUUCAUACCCGGUUACGCGAAUCCUCUGGGAGCCCCCUUCGUCACAGAAGCAAACGACCGAUUUGCUAGCAACGUCAGGAGACCACCUACGCUUGUGGUCGCUACCCUCACCGCAGUCAUUGCAUACAAACUCGAUCACGCGGUCCGCCAAUCAACGGGAUCUUCCCACGGCAAAACUGUCACCGUUGGCAUUGCUGUCGAAUUCGAAGUCCCCCGAGCAUACUGCACCGAUUACGUCUCUCGACUGGAAUACCAUUUCCCCGAGUUUGAUAAUCACGUCCAGCAUUGACACGACCUGUACCAUUUGGGAUAUCCCCACACUCACAGCAAAGACACAAUUGAUUGCACAUGACAAAGAGGUGUACGAUGUUCGGUUCUGUGCCAACAGCGUUGACGUGUUUGUCAGCUGCGGAGCCGAUGGUAGCGUGCGCAUGUUCGAUCUGCGUAGUCUCGAGCAUAGUACUAUCAUCUACGAACCAACAGAGAAGAAUGAAAAGGUCGCGAGUCCUGGAAAUGGCAGUCCGUCGGCGCCUCAUAACCCCCCACCAUUGCUGCGUAUUGCAGCCUCUCCUCAUGACUCCCAUCUUCUUGCCACCUUUUCUCAAGACUCCAACAUCGUUCGCGUAUUGGACGUACGACAACCGGGUCAAGCUCUUCUAGAGCUCAAGGGUCACUCAUCACCCCUCAACUGCGUUGAAUGGUCACCCAACCGCCGCGGAGUGCUGGCAUCCGGGGCGGAUGACUCUAUGGUUCUACUCUGGGACCUAAUCAACCAACACAACGCUGCACCCGUGCCCACCACAAACCCCACCCCUAUCCCCGCACCCAACCCCAACCAGCGGGCACCGGCUACCACCACCGAACGGGGUCCAGCCGCAGCAUUUCAGUGUGAUUAUGAGAUCUCAAACAUCAGCUGGUCACCCCAGGGCGGGACUACCGGUUCUGGCCAUCCGCGCGAUUGGCUGGGUGUUUGUGGUGGGAGAGGGAUUUGGGGUGUUGGACUUUAAUCUUUUCUUAUUUUCUUUAUGGUUGCAAAUGGGUCAUUUUCUUGUCUUGAAAACUUGGGUUCUUUUUCAUCUUUUCUAUCUCUGUUCUCUUGUUUAUUCUCCUAUGGGUAUGAUCAUGCAAAGCUGGCCAUGAAUGAAUGAUUGAUGUAUAAAGCCUGAAUGCAUAUCUUUUUUCUUUUUAGUUAGAAAUAGACAAAACAACUUGGCUUUGAAUUACCAAGAUACAAGCUUUAUAGGAUACAUGUGACAGUUAACAACAUC